CUCUCGACGUCCUUUCCUAUUCCCGUCCCCCGGUCCCAAGGAUUGAUUGUUAAAUUAAUCUCCCCCCAGUCGCCCAGGCCGUCUUGCAGGGGCACCAAUCCUCCUGCCACAUUUGGCCCGUCCUUGGUUUUUCUGCGGAGAAUUUCCUCUCAUAAUUACCAGAGACCUCCUCGGCUACACCCGACGAGCAGGCCCAGUCUCUGAUAUUCCCGUCUCCAUGGUGUGUCCACACCACCACAGUGAUGUCGUCCUCGUCGUCGGUAUUCGAUCUUCUCGGCGAGGCCGAUAACCUGAACGACCCGGAGCCGAUCCUGAAUCGCCAGCCCGCCGUCUAUGGCGUGAUCUUUUCGUUUUUGAUCCUCUCGACGCUCUGUGCCAUCUGGCGGCUGUGGAUCCGGUUGUUCGUCACCCGCAUACCUGGUUGGGACGAUGUCUUCGUUGUGCUCGCCGUGUUGAGCAAUAUUGGCCAGGCCGUGGGUCUAUAUCUAGCUUGCGAGCGUGGCCUGGGCCAGCAUUUUCUCUUGCUCGGACUCGACGGCAUGCGGGAGUUUAUCCACACCUUCUACAUUGCAAAUGGCACAUAUCCCAUGUGCAGCACAUUCAUCAAGCUCGCCCUUUUGUUUCAGUACCUUCGGCUCUUUGACAAGGGGACAAGAUUGCAAAUCCUCACGGUCAUUACCAUCAUCGUGGUUUGUGCGUGGGGCUUCGCCUUUUCAUUCCUGUCCUGGAUUCCAUGUAUACCCAUCAAGGCAUAUUGGGACUGGACUAUUCCCGACUCCCAGGUCACACGAUACGGGUUUGGUUCACAUGACGCCGACACGUUUGUGGCGACAUACCUCACCCACGCCGCAACCAACGUCGCCCUCGAUCUGAUUAUAUUUGCCAUUCCUAUCCCGUUGUACUUGGAGAAGGGGAUCCAAACACGAACACGAUGGGCGCUGUGCGGCCUGUUCAUCCUCGGCGCGGUUGUCAACGUGUGCUCCAUCUGCAGGCUGGUGGCCAUGGUAAAUAACCGUGCAGCGACGUAUCCCACCUUGGACCCGAGCUGGUAUGGGUGCGUACCAGCCGUCUUGUCAGCACUCGAGGUGAAUCUGGCGACGAUCUGUGCAUCAACGCCGGUAUUCUGGCCCGUCAUACAGCAGAACCUAGGCAGGAUCCUAGUCACCCGAGAGGUCGACAUCACGCGUGAGACGCGCGAUUUCAGCACCAUCAACAACCACUGGGACGACAGCGACAUGUACGCGCUGGAGGCUGUUCCCUCGGCCCAGAAGUUCCAAUAUGACCAGAGGUAUAUGUUGUCCCAUAUCGACCCGCUCCAGGAGGAGAAACCGACAACUACAACUGUCAAAGCCACAAGCCCGCAAACCAACGGGACUACUGGGAUGAAAAGAUCACUUGACCUGGGCAUGAAUUUUACCUCGAGUCUGUCAGGAAUCGGGUUGCACCGGCCGGUUUUGGAAAAGAGGGAAAGCAAAGAAAUUCUGCUAGAUUCAUAAAUCUCGACGGGGGAAAAAAAC